CUCUGCCUGGGAAGGCGGCUGACGGCGGCGUGGAGGCUACUCUGGAGCCCCUGGCUGAGGGCGGGGGACAGCCAUGGCGGGCAGCCCAGGCAGCGGGGCCUCCUUGGAGGGUAUAUCCCUGGGGUCCUCUGAGGAAGCUGAGCUCCGGAGGGAAGCCAUGCAGCAAGUCCUGGACAACUUGGGGUCCCUCCCCAAUGCCACGGGGGCAGCGGAACUAGACCUGAUCUUCCUUCGAGGCAUUAUGGAAAGUCCCAUAGUAAGAUCCCUGGCCAAGGCCCACGAGCGGCUGGAGGAGACAAAGCUGGAGGCAGUGCGGGACAACAACCUGGAGCUGGUGCAGGAGAUCCUGCGGGACCUGGCGCAGCUGGCCGAGCAGAGCAGCACGGCCGCAGAGCUGGCCCGCAUCCUCCAGGAGCCCCACUUCCAGUCCCUCCUGGAGACGCAUGACUCUGUGGCCUCGAAGACCUAUGAGACGCCGCCCCCCAGCCCUGGCCUGGACCCCACGUUCAGCAACCAGCCUGUGCCUCCCGACGCGGUGCGCAUGGUGGGCAUCCGAAAGACUGCUGGAGAGCACCUGGGAGUGACGUUCCGCGUGGAAGGCGGGGAGUUGGUGAUCGCGCGCAUCCUGCACGGGGGCAUGGUGGCGCAGCAAGGCCUGCUGCACGUGGGUGACAUCAUCAAAGAGGUGAACGGGCAGCCUGUGGGCAGCGACCCCCGCGCACUGCAGGAGCUCCUGCGCAGUGCCAGUGGCAGCGUCAUACUCAAGAUCCUGCCCAGUUACCAGGAACCUCACCUACCCCGCCAGGUAUUUGUGAAAUGCCACUUUGACUAUGACCCUGCCCGAGACAGCCUCAUCCCGUGCAAGGAAGCGGGUCUGUGCUUCAACGCCGGGGACUUGCUCCAGAUUGUAAACCAGGAUGACGCUAAUUGGUGGCAGGCCUGCCAUGUGGAAGGGGGCAGUGCCGGGCUCAUCCCCAGCCAGCUGCUGGAGGAGAAGCGGAAAGCCUUUGUGAAGCGCGACCUGGAGCUGACCCCUACCUCAGGGACCCUCUGUGGCAGCCUUUCAGGAAAGAAAAAGAAGCGAAUGAUGUAUCUGACCACCAAGAAUGCAGAGUUUGACCGCCACGAGCUGCUCAUUUAUGAGGAGGUGGCCCGCAUGCCCCCCUUCCGCCGGAAAACCCUGGUGUUGAUUGGGGCACAGGGCGUGGGCCGGCGCAGCCUGAAGAACAAGCUCAUCAUGUGGGACCCGGAUCGCUAUGGCACCACAGUGCCCUACACAUCUCGAAGGCCCAAAGACUCAGAACGGGAAGGCCAGGGGUACAGCUUUGUGUCUCGUGCGGAGAUGGAGGCUGACAUCCGUGCCGGGCGCUACCUGGAGCACGGCGAAUACGAGGGCAACCUGUAUGGCACACGUAUUGACUCCAUUCGGGGCGUGGUUGCUGCUGGCAAGGUGUGCGUGCUGGAUGUCAACCCCCAGGCAGUGAAGGUGCUGAGAACAGCUGAGUUCGUCCCGUACGUCGUGUUCAUUGAGGCCCCCGACUUUGAGACUCUGCGGGCCAUGAACCGGGCUGCCCUGGAGAGUGGGGUGUCCACCAAGCAGCUCACGGAGGCAGACCUGAGGCGGACAGUGGAGGAGAGCAGCCGCAUCCAGCGGGGCUACGAGCACUACUUUGACCUCAGCCUGGUAAACAGCAACCUGGAGAGAACCUUUCGCGAGCUCCAGGCCGCCAUGGAGAAGCUGCGGACGGAGCCCCAGUGGGUGCCCGUCAGCUGGGUGUAUUGAGCCGGACCUUGUCCCUUCUAGGCUGUGACCCAGAACCCUGGAUCUAUCCCCCCACCGUGACCCCCAGCCACCAUCCUGAGCUCCUACCCCUGGCUCUCCCUGAAUAAUGGCGCCUCGCGGGCCCUAAGUCUGGUUCAGUGCAGAGGCGUGCACUGCCAGGGGCGUGGGCGUUCAUGGGGUACCUCUGUGCCCAGGUGCUGCCCACUCCUGAUGCCCAUUGGCCACUAGAUGUCCCUCUCUGAGAGCUAAGCUGUGCCCAGGAGAGUGUCAGAGUCACCUCCAUAAAGCUCAAUCCAGAGAAGGAAAAAGCUGCCGAGGCCGUGUGGUUAGUGGGCACACUGCCCCCACCACAUUCUCCAGUCGCCUUUCUCCUCUGGACUGGCCACUCCCACCCCACUCUUGGGCUCCCCUCCCAUCCCUGCCCAGGAGCAGGCUUUAGGCUGUUUCCCUGCGGCGGUGGGGGGUGGUGCAUAGGAUGUCACGCCAGCCUCAUGCCAUCCCAGAGGAGGCAAGGCUGAGCCCGUGGGCACGGUCCAGGAGCAGCGCAGCCCUCAGUUCCUCGGAGCGGAGCUGGGUCCCACGGGUGGACGCUGCCUUGUCCCUCCCUCCUCCACAGCUUCUCACUGCCGAAGUCUCCCCACAGACUUUCCGAUGUGCCCUGAGAGGUCAGCUUUGCUCCCCUGGGGCCAGGCUGGCAGGGUCAGCGGGCUCAGCUGGUCAGGGUGGUUGAAGGUAAGCCCUGCAAUGGGGAGCCUGCUGCUACUGACGACGAGCUCCACUGGGGAUAUGUCUGGGCUCCCUGUCUGUGGCCCUUGGCCAUUUGGUUUUCUCUCAGACCAGGCCCAGGUGACCCACUCACAUCAGGGCCAGCUGGGGUCCAGGGAAGGGUGUAGAAGGGACCUUGUGAGCUCCGGGUUUUGGAACCCAGGCUGGAGAAGAUGCUUGCAGUCUAGUGGACCCCUUGUUGCACAUCUCCAGGGGGCGCCACCCGCAUCACAGUCUGCAUAGCUUGUGGCUCCAUCUUGCAGCAUCAGGCCCAUGUUUCUGCCUCUGGUGUUGGGUUUGGUUUUUGGUGGGGGGAGGCAAAGGAUUGUUUUGGAGGUCACUCUUUAGGGCCCUUUUUGGGGUUCCCUCUGAGCCCCCAUUUCUUAGAAAACUCUUACCCUAGAUUCUAGAGCCUUGGCCCUCCCCAGAUGUUUUCCUCCAACUUUCCUGUCGUUCCCCUGCCCUAAAUGCCACCCUCCAGUCCUUGGGGAGGGCAAUUGUGUAAAAUAGGAGAAUCCCCUUCCAGAAAAGAAUACUGUCCUAGACUUCCCCAGGCAUCUCCCCCUCGUCCUUCUCUGUGAUCCUUUCUGGGGUUAGCCUGUCCUUGCAGGGGACACCCCAGUGCCCUCACCCCCAACCCCUGUGCUUCCCAGUCCCCCUGAGUGUCCCAUCAGUCCUUGCUGCAGUGUCAGCCAUGCUGGCCCUUGAACCACUGUGUGCCCAUUUCCUAGGGAAGGGGAGGGAGAAGAAACAGAAUAUUUAUUACAAAGUUAGAAAUAUAUUUAUUCUAUUAGGAUCUCAUUUACAUUUGCAUAGAAUAUGCAAAUAAGAUGUAAAGGCCGAACCUCCUCCCAUCUCAUUUGCAUAGCUCUGCAUCCACUAUGCAUCCAUCUUUUUAAUCCUCUUCUCCUUUUAGUUGCUGUUCUUUUUAAUACUCAAUUCAGUGCUCCCCUACCUCACCCUCACCCUCAGCCUAAGGGGACUUGGAACAGGAGGAAGAUGGGGGUGUUCUCUAGGCCAUGACCACAGGGGCCUUUGCUAGUCUCCACGUCACCGGGGAACUUGGAAGUAGAGGCUUGGACCUGCACCUUGACCUCUCCUGAGGGUGACUGGGGUAAGGCAGGGCCAUUCUCUCCUUUCCAUGCCCUCUGCCCGCCUGAGUUGUGCCCUCUCCCCUGCCCGAGUCCCAGGACCUUGGGGCUGGGUUCACCCACUCAGUUCUCUAUUCUCCUCUCAUUGUGGAUGCUUGUAUUUGAGGGAUCUCAGGAUAAUGAGGACUCUUUCCCCCACUGUCCUCACAGCCCCAGCCCUGUUGCCUUCCCUUCUCCCCUCCCUCAACCAUCCAAUUCCUGAGCUUUCUCUCCAACCAGUUUUCUUUCUUUUCCUUUGAUUAAAUGUGAAAGCAAAGGCUUCUGGGUUGUUUGUCUUUGGCUGGGCUCGGUUUGCAUGAC